UCGCUGGAGACCGGAGACAGUAGCAGUCCCGAGCAGUGCAGGUGAGAAAAAAAAAAAAAAAAAAAAAGCUGGAGGAGGAGGAAGAGGAGGAGGCGUGUUAGCUGGAGUGAGAAAGAGAGUCGGAGAAUGCGGGACUCUUGGAAAAGACGCAUCUACACCCGGUCCAUCACCAAAACAUCCAUCCCGAGCGCGGACUGCAGGAUUACUCCAAACUGAUGUCGGGAUACCAGCUCAACAAAAACAGGUUCUUAGCUCAUUUUCUGAGGUUAUGAAGAAGAUAUGAGGGGAAACUCGUGCUGAAAAGCACUCUCUUUCUUUUAAUAACUUAACGUGAAGGAAUCUGACUGUUUGGCACGUUGCUCCACUGCGGGAGGGUAAGAGGAAAAAAAACGAAACGCAGUUGGAUUGGAAGGUAAGAGAAGGUCCAGCCGGGGCAUCUUUCCACUUAAACAGAUUUUUAUUCUUCAUUGGAGAUGUGAGUUUAUUUUUACACCGGCGUCCGGUGAACUGAGCUGUGUUUUUUUUUCUUUUCCUCUCUCGUGUCUUUUGUGUAGUGGUGCUGCAUUGCAGUUUCUAACUGAAAACCGCGAGGAAAAGCCGCUGUCCCAAAUGUGACUGGAAUAAGAAGAACUUAGAAACGGCAUUGUGAAGUGACAAACAUCAAUAGCUCUCCGUUUUAUGGAGAGGAGAUGAAUGAGGAGAGUGAAGUGGAUUAAUCAAACGCUGAUGAAUUAGUUUUUUCCGCAGCAAGAUGGAUUUUUUAUAUCUUCGAGGCUUGAAGAGCCCCGCAAGACUGCAGAAUUAUUUUCAUAGAAGUUGAAAACCUACCAUUGAGUGUAGGAGGAAAAUAAAAAGAAAAGGAUCUUGCACCGCUGAAGUGAACUACACUUACAGAAGCUUUUCCCCGGACCUCAGGCGGCAGUCCGCAGGGAGCGAUAUAGAGAAGGCAAGAAAGGAUAAAUCAAACACCCACGCUGUGAGGUACACCAGACCACAAAACACCAAUAAAGAAGAGACGAAGCCCCAGCUGGGAAGCAGACUGAGCUGUAAAGGAGAGGCAAGAGGAAGAAAGAGCCAUGCAGAGGCUUGGUGCAGUGCACUCCUCCGCGGCGCAGGCUCUCAGCCUCGUGGUCGUACUGCUGCAGCUGCUGACUCAGCUACCGGGUGCCGACUCAGCUCUCCGGUACCGAGUGGCGGAGGAGGGCCCACCGGAUGUUAAAAUUGGUAACGUGGCCGCAGAUCUGGGCCUUACAGCAGGUACUGGCAGCGGGGAUGUCACUUUCGCCCUCGAGAGUGGCUCAGAGUUCUUCAAGAUUGACAAUGUGACAGGUGAGCUGACAACAGGCCCGCGACGCAUUGACAGAGAGAAGCUCCCGCAAUGCCAGAUGAUAUUUGAUGAAAAUGAGUGCUUUUUGGACUUUGAAGUGUCAGUGAUUGGACCACUGCAGAGCUGGGUAGACCUGUUUGAAGGCCGCGUUGUUAUAACAGACAUCAAUGACAACACACCUUCCUUCCCUUCACCUGUUCUGCAGCUCUCAGUUGAGGAGAAUCGCCCAAUAGGAACCCUGUACCUGCUCACCACAGCAACGGAUAGAGAUUUUGGACGAAAUGGCAUUGACCGAUAUGAGCUCAUCCAAGAUAAUGGAGCUGGGUCAAGUUCAACAAGACGCACAGCAGGAGGAAACCCCAUUACUAGAGUAGAUGGACCUGACCGGAGGGGUAGAAGUGGGGAUAAUGGAGCAGGAGCCAGGAGCAGUGUGUUUGAACUGCAAGUUGCGGAUACACCAGAUGGAGAAAAGCAGCCACAGCUCAUAGUGAAAGGCACACUGGAUCGCGAGCUUAAAGACUCUUAUGAGCUUGUCCUUAGGGUUCGAGAUGGAGGGAAUCCUCCACGUUCCUCCCAAGCUCUACUUCGUGUUUCCAUCACUGAUGUAAAUGACAACAGUCCACAGUUUGAGAGGUCAACAUAUGAAGCUGAAAUGACAGAAAACGCCCCUCCAGGUACACCUGUCCUUCAGGUCAGAGCUUCAGACCGCGAUAUUGGAGUCAAUGGUCAGGUGGAGUAUGUCUUUGGAGCUGCCACUGAAUCUGUAAGGCGACUCCUCCGUCUAGAUGAGGCGACUGGAUGGUUGAGCGUUCUUCACAGGAUUGAUAGAGAGGAAGUGGCACAGCUGAGAUUCACAGUAACAGCCAGGGACCGGGGUCAGCCUCCCCGCACUGACCGCACCACAGUAGUUUUGGCAGUCCGGGAUGAAAAUGACAAUGUCCCAGUUGUAGAGAUAAGAAAGAUUGGACGGAUCCUUGUGCGAGACGGAGCAGCGUUAGUGCCAGAGAAUGUUCUGGUGGACACACCGGUGGCUCUGGUUCAGGUGUCAGACCGAGACCAGGGAGAGAACGGGGUUGUGACCUGCACAGUUGUGGGAGAUGUUCCAUUCACACUAAAGCCAGCAGGUGAAACAGCACUCCCACCCUUACCUGCAGAUGAAGCUUUUGACAGGAACAAGAAAAAGUACUUCUUGCAUACUUCUGCUUUGCUGGACUUCGAGGCCACAAAAGAGUACAGUGUAACAAUUGUGGCAGUAGAUUCUGGCAGCCCCAGUCUGUCCAGUAACAGCUCACUGAUGGUUCGAGUGGUAGACAUCAAUGACCAUGCUCCGACCUUUGCCCAGAGCGUUGUGGAGGUCCACUUUGCUGAGAAUAACUCUCCAGGUGAAAGGGUGAUCACUGUUGUAGCCACCGAUGCAGACAGUGGAAAGAAUGCUGAAUUGGCAUAUUCCCUGGAUCCUGCUUCUAAUGGACCAUUUUACAUAGAUGCAGACAAUGGAGAUAUCCGUGCUUCUGGGGUUCUGGACCGGGAGCAGAGAGAGCGGUAUGAACUGCGGGUUAUUGCAAAGGAUAAAGGCACCCCCUCUUUGCAAGGUUCUGCAACUGUUGUGGUGCAGGUUACUGACCGCAAUGACAACGCGCCAAAGUUUGUUCAAGAAAUCUUCACGUUCUAUGUCAAGGAGAACCUGCUGGCCAACAGUCCAGUUGGGAUGGUCACUGUUACUGACGCUGAUGAAGGCGAGAAUGCAGAACUUAGCUUGUUUGUAGAGAUGGAUGGAGCUGACAUGAAGAUAGCAGGGGAGAAGGUGGAUAGAGUGGAUAGUGACAAUGAGAGAGAAGAUAUGUUCUCCAUUGAGAACAACACUGGAACAAUCUUCUCCUCUGCAUCAUUUGACCGUGAAAAAAUUUCUACCUACACCUUCCGUGUCCGGGCUGUUGAUGGAGGAGAGCCUCGCAAAACUGCCACCGCCACAGUGUCACUUUUUGUGACAGAUGAAAAUGACAACGCCCCUUCAAUAACCUCUCCAGCCAACGAAUCUUAUACCCUACUACCACCUGCCAGUAGUGCCCGCACCAUUGUCAGGACUGUAACAGCUGUGGACUCAGACACUGGCCCAAAUGCUGAUCUGCACUAUGCACUAGUGGGAGGAAAUCCACACAGACUGUUUGAGAUUGGCCACAGCAAUGGAGUGAUCACCCUGGCAGAGCCUUUGGAGCGGCGCCAUAGAGGUCUACAUCGCCUGGUGGUUCGAGUCAAUGAUAGUGGCAUCCCCUCUCUCUGUGCCACAGCACUGGUUCACGUCUUCAUUAAUGAGAGCUUGGCCAAUGCCACCCUAGUGGAUGCACAGGUGGCCCGAAGCAUGAUGGCCCCCUUGUCACUGGACAUCGCAGGGGACCCAGACAAUGAGCGGGCAUUGGGAAAACAGCGCCUCAGUGUGGCCAUCGGCAUCCUGGCGGGUGCCGCAGCAGUCAUCCUGGUUAUUCUCCUUGUGGUCACAGCCAGGCAGUGUGGUGCUCAGGGCAAGAACGGUUACGAAGCUGGUAAGAAGGAGCCAGAGGAAGACUUCUUCAGUCCUUCAGGGGCUCAACCACAGGUCGGAAGAGGUGGGGGAUCAGACCGUGGACGUAAACCCAGACGGGACAAACGUGGCGGAGGAGGUGGUGGUGUGGCUGGAGGAGGAGGGAAGUCAGACAGAUCGCUUUACAGUGGUAUUGCCACAGUCAAUGGCCUUCGUCGCCACGCCAAUGAUGAUGAUGAGGAGGAUUUGAGCAGUGCUAGUGAACGCCUGGCAGCCCGUUACUGCGCAGUGGACGGCGACCCAGGCAGCCCACGCAUGGGUGGUGGCCGGAGACACCAGUCAAGCCCAGAUCUGGCCAGGCACUACAAAUCCAGCUCACCUCUCCCUGCAGUGGAUCUACAGCCCCAUUCACCUCCAGCAGAGGGGAAGAAGCACCAGGCGGUCCAGGAGCUGCCUCCCUCCAACACUUUUGUGGGCAGCGGUGCAUGCGUGGGGAGCGCCGGCUCAAGCAGCAGCAGUAGUGGUGGCAGCGGCAAUGCAGAUGCCAUGUCCUUAGGAUCUGACCAGUGCUCAGAGUACGGCUGCCAGACUGGGAACAAGUACAGCAAACAGGGGACCCUUCGUCGGGUGACCUUCUCUGUUGUGAACCAACCCCAGGAAGGUGGUUGCUAUGACAGCGGUGUGGAAGAUUCAGAGACGCCGAGCAGCAAGAGUUCCUCAGGCCCACGGCUAGGAGCCCUGUCGCUUCCCGAAGAAGGCUACGAGCGAACCACACCGGAGGGCAGCGUGGGGGAAGAGGAGCAUGUGGAGAAUGAUGCCAGACAGCUGCCUGAUGUAGCUCUGACAGGAAAGUGCACUCGAGAGUGUGAUGAGUUCGGCCACUCUGACACGUGCUGGAUGCCCGUCCGCCCUUCGCCACGGCAACGUCAGCGCCACGGCAGUGACCCCCCACGACUCUCAACUUUUGCCCCAGGAGAUGACAACAACAAUCUCCGUGGUAACAACCACGAGAGCGACAGCGAGAGUGCUGGCAGUGCAGGAAGCUCUGAACCUGGGGUGGUGGUCAGCGGAGAAGGUCAAAGGCUACCUUUAGCCAACGGGGAUCCUCUUGGCACCCUGGGUCGUGGAGACCGCAACAGGAACGUGGGCGAUCACAACCGUAACCUACUGAACCGCAAGAUGACUUCAGCGUCCUACGACACAUUCAGCAGUGCAGGCUUCGGGAGGCGCCAGCCAGAGGAGGAGGGAGGAGAAGGCCAGAACCAACCCGAGGUCAUACCACUGACCCGGACUGGAGGGGACUACAAGACAACGUCCUGCCUCACGUUGUCCCGCCGUGAGGUCUACCUGUGACGGCCACACUGUAGAGCAGUUCUGACCACACUUGAAACUGAGAUGGGAAAAUAUCAAAAAAGAUCAUCUCCAAACGCCUUUAUCAAACUCUUAACUUUUGGACUAAUACUCAUAGGCACUUAAGUCACAAUAAACUCUUUAGAGUGCUUUGAGUCUUUCUAAAAACAAAAAAAACAACAAAAAACGUUUUUUUUAACAACUACUGUAAGCUACCUACAGGCAAAGACUGUAUGUUUAUAUAGAAGAGGACAAUCUUCUCUUUUUUUCCUUUAUAAAAUCCAAUGCAUGCCUAACCCUUUGACCACAAAGGUAUCUUUGCAAAUAAGAUAGAUUAAAACUGUGUACAUCAUGAUGCAUUAAAAGCCUGGUUGCAUCUUAAAACAGUCCAAAUUUGGACUCAACUAAUGAACCAUCUGCUGAAAAGCCACUGAGACUCCAUCCUGUCAGAAAAGAUAAAAAGAAGUUACGGGUCUUUGAAUGAGUAAUUUGGAUCUAAUUCCAACCAAUCAAACUUUCUAAUGCCUAAUCACCUGUAUCAUAACACAGGUGGGAUAUAUUAACCAGUUCCAUGAGAAUCUUGCUUCGUAAACAGUGUCAAGUCUGUUCUAUAAAAACAUGAAUCAAAGCAAACAGCAACAAGGUAAAACAAAGACCUUUUUUUAAUGUACUCAGUACUAUUUCAGAAUACAAGGUUUUCAUAGAGUCUCUAGUGCCACAGUAUUCUGAUGUGUAUGAAAAUGUUUCAUUAAUUUUCCUUUACACCCAGUCUGUAUGUAUAUAUCAUGUGUGUAUUUGAUAAAACAGCAGCAUUCUGUUUACGCUGCUGUCCGCCAUUUCAGAACAGACAGUGGUGCCGAGUUCAUGUCACAUCUCCUGUGUCCUAAUGUAAGCGCUCUCAUACACAUGCACAUACAUAUAUACACAAUGCAAGCAUGCAAACACGUAUACACUCAAACAUUAGCAUGUAAACUCCAACUCAUACAGUGCAUUUAGAGAAUCUCAACACACAUGUAGAGAGCCACACUUCAGUUUUAGUGGCUGUGUAACAUAAAGUUUACCUUAAGCUGCAUUCACUUCAGACUACAGAAAAAGUUUUCACACAUGAAUGCACACAAACAUACAAACAUAUUAAAACUUAACCAGAAACUUAAACAGGUAUUGAGAUGUACUGACCAAUCCGUUCAUACGCAAGCGUGUGUAUGUGCGUUCAAUCAUAAUUUUUUAGCACAUUGCCUCAUUGAACUAGCUGUAGCAUUUUGCCUGCUCUUCUCCAGCCAGUAUUUAAACAUGAAGUGUAUCUAAAUAAUUACUCAUCUCGCUGACUGAUGUGUGUGGAUACAUUAAAGAGAAUUUCAAUGACAUCUACUGUAAGUAAUUGAUAGAAAAUGUUGGUGCAGGAGAUAUUCUGCAUACUGUAAGUAGGACUCAUAUAAAAACCAAAUCUCUGCUUUUUCUGUAAGAAAAAAAAAAGACAGGAUAAAAAACUUUGCAUGACAGAAAUAUGAUGCAGAUUAUUUUUCUCUCUCUUUUGUAAACCUCAUACUUUUUUGGACAGCACAGUUAUUUGGAUACAUCUGUGCUAAGUGAGUGCUCUCAGGGGGAAAUAGGGAUAGUGAUGAGAGUUUUAGUUUCAGUGGCUGAACAUGUUUGGACCUUUCUCUCAGUUUUCCACAGCCCUGGAUUUAGCACAAAGUGUGCCAGAGGCUGUGACUAAAAAGAACAUGUUGUAGAGUGAGAGAAACUGAGAGAGUGCAGGGUUCUGCCAUUACCUGUUCUGCUGCACAGCACGGACCUGGGCGCACCCAUACCGCUGUGCUGAACUGCACAGAUAACAGACUCCUUCACAUUCGUCCUUCCAGUCAGCUGCUGCGCGACUUCCAACACACUCUGCUGCAUCGGGCUGAAGAGUGGGUGUGGAUCGAGGCCAACACAUCUUAAUUCCCAUCAUCAGUGUGUGUGGCUCAGUGGUGUGAUAGGGAUAAUAGGGUUAGGUCGUCCCUGCGGUCUUAAUGAGUUUCCUUUCUCCUCUCUUUUUCUCCCGUGAUCUGCACUGAUCUCAUUAAUGUUUGGAUAGGUGAAAGGAGCACUGCUGGAAACUGCCAGUAAACGUGCCUCUUCAUUUUUUCUAGUUGUAGCAGAUCAGAGGCAGAGAACAUUACCUUGUUAAGGAAAUGAGGGGGAAAAAAAAGAACAGCACCCAACUCAGGUGUGCAACAGUGACUGACAGAUAACUCAACAUCUGGGGCAAUGAAAUAGUUGUAAUCAUGACACCUGCUUACAUUUGAAAGGAGUCAUUAGGAUGAAGCAUUCUGUCUGUGUGUGACCACACUUUGUAAACCUGUAUAUACUUUUAACUUUACUACUCUGUGAAAACUCUUAAGCUUUGAGGCCACUGAUGCAUUUACUCCCUUGCCUUCAUUACCCCAGAAAAAUAUCAACCAACAUUGGCUGUUUAUUGAGCUCUGUUUUGAUGGACUGUACUGAAAAUUCACAAAGUUCAAAGCUUUUGAAUUUCUGUGUUCAUGGAGACUUGGUGUUGACAAGCUGAAAACAAAAUUCCAAUAACCUGCAGCAGUACAGAUUCUGAGAAACUAAAGGACGCAUGGUCUUGCUGUGGAAUCAAAGCAUUGGGAUACAUUUGUCUCAGGCCUUAGAAAGGAGGGAAGAACUUGGGGAGAGACUUGUUUUGGAAAGAGACUCUUGACACAGCCUUGUCUCCUCAUCGUGGCACAUAUUUCUUCAGACUGCUGUUUUAUGGCAGCUCCUCUAUGGCACAUUUCAAACCCUCGAAUCUGGAUUUAGGGGAUCUUGCUGUACAUGAAUCUGUGUGGAUGUGUACUUUUUUUUUUUUUAUACUGCACGUUUAAAUGUUAAUAUGUUUCAGUCUACUGCAAAGUAACGAGGGAAGCCAGACAGAGAAGGAGUCUAUUACCCACUAAUCAAGUAAUUUUUUUAUAAAAGGACGCUUCGAUGGACAUCAUGUACCCGUCAUUCCCUCUCAUACUGCUAUCCUUGCCAUGUACAGAUUAAGCUACACUGUAGAAAGAACAACUGGAAACCAUAACAGACAAUGGCAUGCUUAAGGUUCAAAUCUGCACUCGAGAAAAAAAAAGAAAAAAAAGAAAGAAAAAAAUGUAUUUUUACUUUCUUCUUUGAUUUCUCUUCUUAAGGAACUCGCUUAGUUUGUUUUUUUUUCUUCUUCUUCUUUCUGCUGCUCCCUUCCUGUAAUUACAUGAUGAACUAAUUGCAUUUGCUAUGAUGAGGAAGAAGAGAAGCUGUCAACGAUCGGUUUGGUAUGAAGAUGAAUCAUGUAAAAGUUUGACUUUGGCAUUAAAAACUUCAAACCCUC